AUGGGGCAGUACCUGAGCGCUCCCAUAACGGAGAAGGAAUCGGGAGAGGGACAGACAGAUAGCAUCGCCUAUGGAUUCGCGGGGAUGCAGGGUUGGAGAGUGGCGAUGGAGGACGCACACAUCGUAGACGUCGAGUUUGAUACAUCCACGAAGACGGCGCUCUUCUCGGUGUUUGACGGGCAUGGCGGCCGAGCGGUCGCGCACUUUGCCGCCAAAUAUCUGCCUGGGAGAAUCAUGGCCACAAAGGCGUAUGCGGCAGGCGACCUGGGCGCCGCGGUUGCGGAGGCAUAUUUGGAGCUGGACCAGCUGAUGGAUGCCCCUGCGGGUCAAGAGGAGCUCGACCAGCUAGCUGCACCAGUACAGAAGACGCCCCUGACGCUCUUCUCUGACGUGGACACGAGCGCGACGAGCAACACCAGCCUCGACUCCGGCAGGGUCAGCGCGCCCGAGGAGGAGGCGGAGGAGGCGGCCCCCUCCGCCCCCGGCGUCGACCGCCGGCUGCGCAAGAUGAACAGCAGUUCGGAAUUCCUGGCCAGCCACCUGCAGCGCGCCAGCAUCGUGACUCCCCGCGCCUCGCCCGAGGGCCCCUCGACGGCGCUGGCGGAGCACGGCAGCCUUGGCCGCACCGACACGCGGCGCGAGGCCUCGGCCCUCGCCGGCGAGGAGGGCGAGGAGGUUGCGGAGGACCCGGCAUCCCUCUUCGGCAUCCUGGAGGGCGCCUCCGUCCCCGCGCUGGCCGCGGCGGCGCCGGCGGAGAGCACGGAGCAGCGGCCGCGCGCGGAGGGCGCGGGCUGCACCGCGCUGACCGCGCUGGUCCGCGGCGGGCGCCUGGUGGUGGCCAACACCGGCGACUCGCGCGCGGUGCUGAGCCGGCGCGGCGUGGCGGUGGCGCUGACGCUGGACCACAAGCCCAUCCUGUUCGAGGAGGCGCGGCGCAUCAUCCGCGCCGGCGGCUUCGUCCGCGACAACCGCAUCAACGGCUCCCUGAACGUCAGCCGCGCGCUGGGCGACCUGGACUUCAAGCGCAAUGCCGCGCUGGGGCCGCACGAGCAGAUGGUGGUGGUCACGCCCGACAUCGAGGUGGUGAACCUGAGCGAGGGCGACGAGUUCAUGAUCAUGGCCUGCGACGGCAUCUGGGACGUGCUGAGCAACCAGGAGGCGGUGGACUACGUGCGGCGCCGCAUCAAGAACGGGAGCCCGCUCCAGGCCAUCUGCGAGUCCAUGUGCGACCACUGCCUGGCGCCAGACCUGACCGGCAUGUGCCGCGGCGCGGACAACAUGAGCGUCGUGGUCGUGCUGUUCAAGCGCACCGCGCGCCUGGAUGGCAUCUGGGGGCGCAUGUGGUCUGGCCUCUGGGGGUCCAUGGCCAAGUAG